UUGGUCUUUCUGCGCUUAAUUUUGUGUUAAUUUGCAUGCUUUAUGUUUGUAUUACUCCCAUUUGUGUAUUCUGAAGAUUUACGGAAGAAAAAUGCUUGCUUAGUUUUACAGAGGGUAAAAAUUUUGAUGGUAUCGUAAAGUAAAAGAGAAGAAUGAACACUUCUUCAUUUUUUACAACAUCGAAAGUUCAAAAUCGCGUUCAUGACUGUAGCUCUUGUGCGUAUCAAAAUGAAAUGACCACAGUAAAAAAACCUUUGCAGUGUAAAAAAAUUGAGCAUGAAAAGUGAUGAAUUUUUAAAUUCAUGUACAGUUGCAUUAUUAGAGUUUAUAAAUAUAAGGGAGCUUCAUUCAUGAUCAUGAAAAACAGCAAACGGAAUUUUGUUUGAAAGGAUAUAUUUGCGAUUUAUGAAAAUGAUGGAAAAAUGGGUACUGUUUAAAUUGUGUGAACUGAAGUGUUCUCGAAGUGACAUUGCAGCUGCUCAGGUUUGCAGCAAUAUUGUGACUUUACCAAGUACAAAAACCAGGAUACCUUUUCAAAAGACUUUUUCCUGCAGAAAGUGAGAAAUGAUGGCAUCCAAAAUAAAAGGAUUAGUUAGUAAAAAGAAGCGACGGUACAGAGAAGAUGGUUUUGACUUAGAUCUCACAUAUAUACGUAACAAUAUUAUUGCAAUGGGCUAUCCUGCAGAGAAAUUGGAAGGCGUUUAUAGGAAUCAUAUUGAUGAUGUUGUUAGGUUUUUAGAUUCAAAACAUGACUCUCACUACAAAAUCUACAAUUUAUGCACAGAGAGAAAUUAUGACUCAAAUAAAUUCCAUCAAAGAGUUGCCCAAUAUCCUUUUGAGGAUCACAAUCCUCCAAGCUUAGAACUUAUUAAGCCUUUCUGUGAAGAUGUGGAUAGCUGGCUCUCAAAAGACAAAAAUAAUGUAGCUGCAAUCCACUGCAAAGCUGGAAAGAGGGUAGAACGAACGGGUGGGUUAGAUCCCAUUUCAAGCUAUGGAAGACCAGAAGUAAGAAAGAACCAUAACCAAAAG